AUGGCGCGCUCGGACGCGUUCCUUCGCCCGCCCGGGCACGCCGCGACGACGUACAGGUCCGACGUCACCGCGUUCAGGACCGCGAAAGUCCCGGAGGCGUCGAUCGCGGCGCGACGCGCGGUCGCGUCGACGCGCGGCGCGGAUCCCCUCGGGGUUCGACCGCGGCAGUGGCAGCAGACGACGUACGUGAAUCAGCACGUCUUCACGCGCGCGAAAGCCUCGGACGCGCUCCUCGCGACCGCGCCCGGGAAGUUCGCGCCGUCGCGCUCGCAGCGGACGCUCACGGACGGCGCGCUCCUGAAGUCAACGUGGGGGACGAAGUCCGUCGCGUUCGCGAAGGAGCCGUUCGAGGGGGACUGGUGCGCGCGGACGAAUUUGGAAUCGCACGGUUUAGGCAACGCGCUCGAUCGCGACCGCGAGACCGGGCUGAGACGCGUCACCGCCCGCGCGAAGAAGCACAGCGACCGCGUCACGAACGAGACGUUGCGGAGGAGCGGUAAGGUCUACGUCAACCCGAUGGACGCGGAGCGCGAGAGGAUGGCGACGAUGCGCGACGCGAAGGCGAGAGGCGAGUGGCCGAGGGCGAGGUCGCCGGUCAGAGUGAGGGAGUGCACGCGUCGGAGCAAGACGCGACGCGCGGAUCUGCAGGCGGUUCUGGAUCUGGAGAAGUUCGAGCGGCGGGUCGUGUACGGCAUCGUGUGA